GCCAGUACAGCGGAGGAGUGGAGCCCCAGAAGGGUGAGAAGAACUGAACUGCCUCUAGCCUUUACCUUCUCUGCUCAGCAUCUGCACUGAUUGUGCCAGAAAGGUCUCUCUCCUUCUCUCUCUCUCUCUCUCUCUCUCUCUCUCUCUCUCUCUCUCUCUCUCUCUUUCUCUCUCUCUCUCAACUGAGGAUGUCCACUGAGAUGAUGACCACUGAGCCAGUGCAGCCUCUGGAGCUUUCAGAAGACAUACUAGACAAGCUCGACCCUCACUGCAGCCCCUCAGAUGAUCUUUCCGACCAGUUCAUUAAGGACUGUGACCUCAAAAAGAAGCCAAGGAAGGGGAAGAAUGUACAGGACACUCUGAAUGUUGAGUCAGAUCAAAAGAAACCCAGAAGGAAAGAUACACCAGCACUGCACAUCCCACCAUUCAUACCAGGUGUGAUUUCAGAACACUUAAUUAAAAGAUAUGAUGUUCAAGAGAGAGUUCCAAAGGGCAAAACAGGCCCAGCUCUUCAUAAUACUGACAUGGAACAGAAAAGGCCAAGGAGAAAAGACACACCUGCACUGCACAUGCCUCCCUUUGUUGCAGGCUUGACUCUGCUUGGGGAUGAGAGCACCGGAGUGAUUAUGGAGGAUGAAGAAAUGGAUGGUGACAAGCUAGCUAUUUAAAGACAUCUCCCCUGAGAUUGCAUGUAAAUAGAUUACAUUGGUUCCCUAUGGUGAUCUAGAGGGAAAAAAUAGAUUUGUCUCUGCUCUCAUUUUGUCCUAGUCCACUGUAAGAUCUAGACGCCUCCUCCCCAGGAGACCCUACUACUCAGAUGCCGGUCACCUCUUUGUCGUUCCUCUCUUGCUUUUUAGCCCCACCUCCCAAACUUUCAUUUUUCUAUAUAGUGCAAAGGAGAGUGAUUUUUUUUCUCCAAAGUAAGAGAGGUGAGACCUUAGUGCUCCGUGUCUGCAAGCAAAAAACACAUGGAUAAAAGUUGUGGGGGGGGGAGAGGAGGGGAAGGUGAUCCUUUCCACCUGGCUUAGUGUCCAGGCAGUCUGAUUCAGCAUCAAACACUCGGGAGUCCCAGCAGGGCCACGGGCGGCUACUUAGACUCUGCGAACAUUUGGACUCUAACUCAUGGACUACUAUGAUGAAAUGGCUUUUCCUUUCUUCCUUCCUCUCUUGAGAGUCCAACUCUGGUCAGUCACCCUCUGAAGAGCCUCAUUACAGAUAUCAUAAGGACUCAAGAAGAGGCAGCCAGGCCAUCAUGCAAGAAAAAAAGACACCAGAGGCAGAGAAUCCUGGUCUAUGUAGGGGGUCUUAUACUUAAUUUUAUUGUUAAAAAAAAGAGAGAGAGUUCUUAACGGUAUUGGUUGUCUUGACAUUUGUGAAUUAUAUCAUAGUGGGAGGUAAAUAAAUACCAAUGAUUGUAAGGAAUCUAUUUUUUUAAAUCUAAGGCCGGUUGGAGGUUGUUCUGAUACUUUCACCAUCUCACUUAUUUAGACUCCAAUAUGUUUUCUUGUAUAAAAGGUGGGGGUGUCUAGUGAACACAGAUGUACAUUUGGCUCCUGUGCAGCUGGCAGUCUCCUAGUGCCUGUGGAGACUCUGCAUCUGUACUUCAUCCACCAGACAGCAGACAGAGAGAAGAUGAGGAUUAAAAGGGAGAAAAGCAGAGGAUGUAGUAUUCACACCAAGGCAGGGAACACAGGGCAGUUCUGUACAUACUGAGGUCCAGCUGUUUGUUAUCCUUUCUGUCUUUCUGUUCCCCUAACAAAGAAAGAUGCAAUACAUUUCAGAAAUAAAGAUAUUUCAGCUCUCA